AUGCAUUCAUUUUAACAGCAAGAACUUAUUGAAUUACUUUAGAGUCAUUCAAAUAUAGCCAUCGAUCGUCAAUUGAUAAGUUAAUUGUAUAAUAAAUGUAUGCAAGAUUAAUGCACAAUUUAGUAAUUUGAGAAGGUUUACAAGGAUGCAAUCUAGUUGCUGAGUCAAAAAAUCGCCAACUCAAAGUAGUAACUAAUAGAGGAACAGGAUAAUCUUACGGCUAUAGAUGAGAGAUUGAAAAAUAAUCAAUUGAUUAGCAACAACAAUAAUAGAACUCCUAUGAGAUUGAUGUUACAUUCAGCCUCAGUGUUGAAUUUGCAAGUGCAUAACAAGUUUAUGGUUGGAUAAUAUGCAUUUUACAUGAAGAUUGAAGAUUACUACGAAUUUGAAAGUGAUUUUAAGCCUAGUUAUAAUUUACAGUUCUAGCUAAAUCAAACAAUAGAUAUUUUGGAUGUUGGUGACAGUAUUCUACUGUCUUUGAAUACUAACACUCAAAAUCAGAUGAACACUACAAUAGUGAUACCGACAUACUCCUUACAAUUCAAUAAGCAUGUGACUGAACUACUGGCAUAGAAAGAGAACGGGGAGUUGUUGGAAAUGGAAAUUACUUAUGAAAUCAAAGUUUUAGAUCAGAAAUUAUUGAAUCUACAAUUAAACUAAGCUCGUAGUCUUGUAGUAUCAUAUAUCAAGAAAUUUGAAGACGAAUUGGAGGAUUAUUCAUUGCAAUUGCAGGAUUUACGAUAGAUCAAGAUACCGUACAAUAAUGAGAUUGCAAAUGAAUUAAAUGAUGGAUAGCCUCAUCAUAGCAGAUAAGAGUAAUCAAAUAAUACAUAUACAAUUGGAGUUCCAGAUUACUAUCAUAAACCUUUGGAACUGUAGAGUCAAGACUGCUAAUUGAAUCCUCAACCUUAGGAGAGACAAUCAAGUGUCAUACCUUACUUAUUUGGAAUAAUUCUAGCAUCAUUUAAUAACAUAUUCAUAGAUACCUUAUUUGAAAUAUCGUUUUUAAUGAUUGUUUUGAUUGUGGUGUUAAAAGAAGAUAAAACAACUGUGUUUACCAAAAUAAUGAUCUUAUUAUCAUGGAUAAUGUUUGGAUUACAUUUAUGGUUGCAUCAAUCGGUGGUUAGGAUUAUGUAUGUUAUAAUUAUAUAAAAUUUAUUUAAUUUUUUUAUGAUAAAAUAAAUAAUAACUACACCUUUGUUUUAUGUGAAUGCCUAACCGCACAUAGGUCAUCUCUAUUCAAUGAUUUAUGCAGAUGCCAUCGCUAAGUAUAAAUCAGUAAAAUUGCUGACAGGAACUGAUGAGCAUGGAUUGAAAGUCUACAGAAGUGCCAAGAAUCAACCAAUCCAAUAAUAUUGUGAUUCCAUUUCCAAUCAAUUCCAACAAUUAGCUAAUUCAUUUAUUAAAUACGAUCAUUUCGUUAGAACCACUGAUCCUCAACAUAUCAUGAAAGUUUAGAAGAAUUGGAAUCUGCUCUAAAAUAAUGGCUUCAUUCUAAAGGAUACUUAUAAAGGAUAUUAUUGUUAAGUUGAAGAAUCUUUUGUAAAUCAUAAAACCGAUCAAUAUUUGGAAGAAGAGAAUUAUUUUUUCAAAUUUGACAAAGAUUAUCUUGAAACAUGCAUUACUAAAGCACCAUCACGAUAUCAAAAUGAACUAAAGCAAUUGAUUAUUAAUAGUAUUUGUAUCAGCAGACCGAAACAGAGAUAUUAUUGGGGAAUUGAGGUUCCCAAUGAUGCUAACUAAUUGAUUUAUGUAUGGUUAGAUGCUUUGUUAGGCUACUUACAAGAAGAGUAACAUCACUAUAUGCAUGUGAUAGGCAAAGAUAUAGUCAGAUUUCAUGCCUUAUAUUGGCCGAGCUUCUUAAAAGGAAUCAAUAACCAAUCUACAACUGAAUUGAUUGUCCAUAACCAUUGGAUAAGAAAUAAUAUGAAAAUGUCUAAGUCACUUGGAAAUGUUAUUGAUCCAUUCUAAUUACUAAAGACAUACAACUAAAAUCAAAUUAGAUUAUACUUCCUUACUUAAGGGCCUUAAAAUAUGGAUGUCUCAUUCGAAGAACAAAAACUAGAGAAGUGUUGGAAUACGUACAUUGACCAAUUUAAUAACAUCUUAUUUAGACUAUUCAGACCAAAGAUAAUAUCACCAAAUCUACUGCUAUUAUAAUAACAUUUAUUGGAUGAUCAAUUAUUAUAAUCUAAAUAAACAUUCCUGGAAUUGCACAAAAAUACUAAGGCAUUAUUAGAUAAAAAUUUAUUCAUUGAAGGUUAUUUAGAACUAUAAAAGAUUUUUGUACUCAUUAAUACUUUAAUUGAUAAAUAUUAACCAUGGAAAAUGUAAGUUCAAUUUCAAAAGGAGUAAUUUCUAAGUUUUAUUUGCAUUCUGAUAUCAAUGACUUAAUAAAUUUUAGAUAUUUAUGUGCAAACUCCUAAUAUCAUAAGUCCUUAGUUCAAAGAAUUCCCUUAAAAUAAUAAUGUUUAAGUGACAGUGGAUUUAGAGUAGGAUUUAAGAUUAAAAAGAUUCAUCAUUAAUUGA